AUGCGGGCGCUGUCCGUGGUGCUGCCCCUACGGCCGUGCGGGUCGGGCCUGGGUGGGUGUGGGGUAGGGAUGCCACCGUGGGUUGUGCAGGGCUUUGUGCAUGUGGACGCGAAUCUGCUCAAGAACAUGCAUGCUCACUCAGAAAGGUGGGAAAAAGGCAUAAAUCUGACUCACAUUGAAUCUCGACCUUCUCGUCUCAAUAAAGAUGAGUAUGAAUUCUUCAUUAACUUGGAAGGCAAUAAUGUCCCAGCGUUGGAUAAGAUCAUCAGGUCCUUAAGAAAUGAUAUUGGAGUAACAGUGCAUGAGCUUUCACGGACAAAAAAGAAGGACACUGUGCCAUGGUUCCCAAGAAGUAUUCAGGAGCUGGACAGAUUUGCCAAUCAGAUCCUAAGUUAUGGAGCGGAGCUGGAUGCUGACCAUCCUGGAUUCAAAGAUCCUGUGUACCGGGCCCGGAGGAAGGAGUUUGCAGACAUUGCUUACAACUACAGACAUGGUCAACCUAUUCCUCGAGUUACCUACACAGAAGAAGAAAAGAAAACUUGGGGCACUGUCUUCAGAGAGCUGAAGAAUCUCUAUCCAACUCAUGCUUGUUAUGAACACAACCAUGUCUUCCCACUUCUGGAGAAGUACUGUGGCUACCGGGAGGAUAACAUUCCCCAGCUUGAAGAUGUUUCAAAGUUCUUGCAGACCUGCACUGGAUUUCGCCUGCGUCCUGUUGCGGGCUUGCUCUCCUCUCGGGAUUUCUUGGCUGGACUGGCAUUCCGAGUAUUUCACUCUACGCAAUAUAUUCGCCAUGCAUCCAAACCUAUGUACACACCAGAGCCUGAUAUUUGCCAUGAGCUACUAGGACAUGUGCCUCUUUUUGCUGAUCCCAGUUUUGCUCAGUUUUCCCAGGAAAUUGGCCUGGCAUCUCUGGGAGCUCCAGAUGAUUUCAUCGAGAAACUUGCUACGGUUUAUUGGUUUACUGUGGAGUUUGGACUAUGUAAGGAAGGUGAUUCACUAAAGGCAUAUGGUGCUGGGCUGCUGUCUUCAUUUGGGGAGCUGCAGUACUGUUUAUCAAGUAAGCCUGAGAUUCGGCCUCUCGUUCUGGAGAACACUGCUGUGCAGAAUUACACUGUUACUGAGUUCCAGCCUGUCUACUUUGUUGCUGAAAGUUUUAAUGAUGCUAAGGAAAAGCUAAGGAAAUUUGCCCAAACAAUCCCUCGUCCUUUCUCUGUUCGGUACAAUCCCUACACCCAGAGGAUCGAAGUCUUGGACAAUGCAAAGCAGCUGAAGAACUUAGCUGACACUAUCAACAGUGAGAUGGGGAUCCUCUGCAAUGCCCUCCAGAAGAUCAAAUGAAGAUUUUCUGUAACUCUUGCAAAUCACUGGCUACAUAGAAGAAGUCGUGCAAAAAUGCCAGUCUUCACUUAGCUUCAGCUUAUUAUCUUACUGUGUACUGCAUGCCUAUAUCAUAUAUCUCAGUUAUCAUUAUCAUUAUUAUUAUUAUUAUUAUUAUUAUUUUGGCCUUCAGACACUAAUCCAUUUUUUUCUCAUUAAAGCCUAACAAUAAUCUUAGUACUGGGAAUCUAGGGAAACUCUCCACAUAUAUCUUAACAAAAUUAUCAGAAGGGGGAGAUCUCCACCAUGCAGUGCUACGGCCUGUUACAAACAUGGGGUUGUGUUACCACACUUGGCCCAGUGACAGAAUAAUAAUGACCAACACAGAGUAAUCCAUCUUUUAUUCUUUUUUCCUCUCAGACAUUCUCCCCUCACUUCCUCAUAUUUGUGCAUGUUUCCAUGAAAUGCUGAACUCUAUAUGCUUCAGAAGUCUGCAUACUGCCUGGCCCUGUAAACCAUGACUUCGCUUGGUGAAACUGUACCUCUUUUUUUACACAUGAACGCCUCUGUCCUGAAAUAAUACUUUUUUUUUUUUCUUCAGAAUUUGAUGUUGCCAUUGAUUAAAAGCACAGAUGCUAAUGGAAAAGACAGCAAGUAUGCUGCAGCUUCAAUAGCAGAAAUUUAUCACAAAAAUAUGCAAAAUAUGCAAAAAUAUACUGUAUUUGCACAAGCACUAAUCCCAAAAUGUUUUCUUCAGACCAA